AUGCGCUUUCAGAGCACCAUGAAGGUGAACCAUGUAGACAUCUUUGUGAGCCAUUCCUGGUCAGCCAAUGCCUGGUUGAAAUAUUUGGCCGUAUGUGGCUUUUUAAAUCUUAGUCUGGCCAAGAAAGCCACGGGUGCAGCUGUUGUUGUUUCAUGUCUUUUGGUGCUCCUGCUCCCAAACCUGCCGAUGUGGUUGCUUUUCUGCAUGAUGGUUGAUAUUCCAGUGCUCAUCUUCUUUGUUUUCUUCUUCUACGGGCAGCACUUGACAUGUGGACUAUGGUGUCCUAGCAUGUGGGUGGACAAGCUUUGCGUGGACCAGGGUGAUGAGAGCCGGAAAGCAGCAGGUCUUGCUGGUUUGCCUACCUUUGUUCAAUGUUCUGGCCGCAUGCUGGUCCUGUGGGACGAGACUUACUUCGAAAGGUUGUGGUGCAACUUUGAGUUGGCUGUCUUUGCCAAGUACCGGGGCCUGAAGAACUUUCGAUUUCUUCCGGUGUGGCUACCACCAUGGAUACUGAUUGGUGUGCUGUUCUCAUACCUUCUUUGGCGGCUCAUUGCCACCUUGCAAGAACUGGAUCCAGAAUAUGGUAUAGAUGAUACUGCCAGGUACAAGGCAGUCAGCGGCGACAAGGUUGCUUUUGGAAUACAACGAGUGCUAAAGAUAUUGACGGACCUUGAAACCUAUGCUGUGCUGGAGAUGCCAUUCUUUGUCGUUGCUGUCGCUUUGCUUCGUAGCAAGCUGGAUGGUCACCGUUCUUUGCUUGACAAUAUGAAGAGAUUUGAUAUCCAUCAUGCAAAGUGUUCCGUUGAAGAUGAUCGGGACGUCAUCGAAGCUCAGGUUGCUAGACUGUAUGCCAUAGUCGAGGAGCCGGUCAUAGCCCUUGACAGUCUUGAAGGGCAAAUGGCUGCUGAGGCCUUACGCUCAAUCCCCCUCAGUUCCCCCACAGAAUCGGUCAUAGCCGUGGACAGCUUUGUGGGGGAACGCGGAGGUGAGGGUUAUGCACGGUUCCUAGCAGUGGUGGAUGAAUCACAGCCAAGGGUAAGCCCAAUGCAAAGCAACUCCAUGUUUGAGUAUCCAGUCAUCGCGGCUGACAGCGUGGUUGGCUCAAGAAAAGAUGUUGAGGGCUUUGCACGACAAACGUCGGACGGACUCACCAACUCACAAUUCUUGGCACCAGUCGCAGAUGCUGUCAGUGAUGCUGGCUCAGACUAUCCGCUGAUGGGCGUGGACCUGCUCGCAUGGGAAAACGACAUUGAAGGUAAAGUACCUUUGUCAGGGACAGAUGAGGAAAGGCGUGCCUUAAUGCAUGAGUCCGAUCGAGAUGACUGCCUGCAGGUGUUCAAUGAUCUUGUCCGACUCCCACUACGUGCAGCGAUUGUUGAAGAACUAGGUUUCGAGACAGAUUUGCCGUGGGGCGACUGUUUGAUAGUGUACAUGCCUGCCGUACUAGCGGCAACAGCUAUUACAUGGGCUGCGAGGGACCUUUAUGCUGGACUUGGUUUUGCUUCUAUGAAUCAAUACCUUUUCGUCAACCUGGCACAAAUUUCGCUGGCAUCGUUCUGUAAUCCUUUGGCAUAUGCUCUGCUACUGCAAGGAAUGAACUGCAUCACGCCUAAACUGGGUGCUGGUCUUCUGAGAGGUUUGUCAUGCCUGGCUUGCGGCGUUCUGGGAAAGGUCUUCGUUUGCGCCCUUUAUGCAGUCAUCUGUGGGACACUUGAAAGCUAUGUCUUGACGCAGCAUCCGAUGUUUCUGCUUGGAUUCCUGGUGUCCUUAACUGCAGCCCUGGUGCUGAACUGGAUCUUGUUUUGGGGUGGUCAGCAGUAG